AUGUCCACGCCAGAGAACAGCUCCGAAUGGUUCCGCCUUCCCACCGACGUCCGCCCUCGGCACUAUGAUCUUACGAUCCUAUCCGAUCUCGAGGCACUUACCUUCCAGGGCGCCGUCGCGACCGAACUUGAAAUAUUUAACACCACGCGCCAGAUCCAGUUUAAUGCGGGCAAAGGUCUCACGCUCGGCAGCGUGCGCGUCUCGCUCGACGGGAAGCAAACGAGCGUAGCGCCUUACAUCGAUGCGGAGCACGAGCGCGUCACGGUGCAGUUGGACGAGCCGCUUCAGCAAGGCUCCCAUGCCUCGAUCCUUGUUCCCUUCCGCGGCGUGAUCGACGAUAGCAUGAUGGGCUACUACAAGUCGACCUGGGAGCACGAGGGCAAGAAAGGCCACUACGCGCUCACCCAGUUUGAGCCGACCUCUGCGCGCCGUGCGUUCCCAUGUUUUGACGAGCCCGAGCUUAAAGCCAAGGUGACGCUGCACAUGCUCCACCGCGACGGCUCGACUGCACUGGGCAACAUGCCGGCGGACCAAACGUCGUCGAUCGAUGCAAACGGCAUUGCCGCCGCCCUGCACACCGAUCUUGGCGUGCCCGCACCCGAUGCACCGGGCGCAUGGCUGCGCACUGACUUUGGCACGACGCCCAAAAUGUCGACCUACAUUAUCGCUUGGGCCAACGGCCACUUUUGCCACUUGGAGAGCGAGUACCACUCCUCCCUCACCAACAAGACCAUUCCGCUGCGUGUCUACACUACCCCCGAGUACAUUCACCAGGCACACUAUGCACUCCAAGUCAAGAACCUUGUGCUUCCCGUCUACGAAAAGCUGUUUGACGUUGCGUACCCCUUGCCCAAACUCGAUACCCUCGUCGCGUCCGACUUUGACGCAGGCGCGAUGGAGAACUGGGGUUUGAUUACCGGCCGCACCAGCGUGUACCUGUACGACGACAAGACGGGCCUGCAGGGAAAGAAGGUCACUGCGUCUGUGCAGAGCCACGAGGUCGCACACAUGUGGUUCGGCAACAUUGCCACGCUCGCAUGGUGGGACAAUUUGUGGCUAAACGAGGCGUUUGCGACACUCAUGGGCGAAGUUAUUAGCUUGGACCAUGUCUACCCAGAGUGGAACAGCGCGAGCGAGUUUAUCGUAUCGCACCUGGGCCGUGCCCUCGAGCUGGACGGCAAACGCUCCUCGCACCCCAUCGAAAUUCCCCUCCAGGGCGAGAAUGUGGAGGAUGCAGUGAACCAAGUGUUUGAUGCGAUUUCCUACUCCAAAGGCGCCAGUGUUUUGCGCAUGCUCUCGCGCCUCCUGGGCGAGGAUGUCUUUUUGAAGGGCGUGAGCAUUUACCUGAAAAAGCACUUGUAUGCCAACACCGUGACCAAGGAUCUUUGGGACGGUAUCUCGGAGGCGUCCGGCAAGGACAUCAAUGCGCUCAUGUCGAACUGGAUCCUCAAGCAGGGUUUCCCUGUGCUCACCGUUUCUGUCGAGGGCGAUGCGAUCCGUGUGCGCCAGAACAGGUUCCUUGACACGGGCGAUCCCACACCGGGAGAGGACGCUACGCUCUGGCAGGUCCCUCUUGCGCUCAAAACGGUCCAAAACGGCAAGCCACAGACCGACUUUGCACUGAUGCUCGAUGAGCGCGAAAAAGUAGUGCCGCUCCCAAGGGCUGCCGACGCCGUCUGGAAAUUGAAUGCAGAGACUAUCGGCGUGUACCGCGUAGCAUACGCACCCGAACAUCUCCAGCGUCUCGGCAAGGCUGCUGCUGCACAAAACAGUCCUCUCUCGCUCGAGGACCGCGUAGGCUUGGUCAGCGAUGCCUUCACGCUUGCACAGGCGGGGUAUGCCAGGACCAGCGGCGGCCUCGCGCUGAUGCAAGAGCUGCGUGGCGACAAGAGCUCACUGGUGAACCAAGCAGCAGCGCUCAACUUGCAGCAACUCGGCAGCGCCUGGUGGGAGCAGCCCGAAGGGGUGCGCGACGCAAUCAAUGCGUUCCGCAUCGAUGUGUUUGGCCCACUGGCGCGCGAACUCACCUUUGACUUUGGCAAAGACGACGCGCCAGAGUUGCGCGAGCUGCGCUCGACCGUGAUUGGCGCGGCUGGUGCGGCGGGCGACCCCUGGACCCUUGCACAGGUCAAGGAGCGGUUUGCGCCGCUCCUCGAUCACGAUGACGACAGCCGUAUUGAUCCGGAUAUUUUGCGCACGGUGCUGAGCCUCGCGGUGCGGCACGGCGGCGCGAAUGAGUACGACGUGGUGAUGCGUGUGUACAAUAAGCCGCCCACGCCGCGGCACAAACUUGCGGCCAUGGUCGCGUUUGGAUACACGCAGGACCGCGCAUUGCUUCAGCGCACCAUUGAUUUCGUGUUUAGCGGGAAGGUCAAGUCGCAGGACUUUAUGUACUUCUUCAUGUCACUCGCAGCCAACCCCUCGAGCAGGCGCAUGCUUUGGGAGACGGUCAAGGCGCGCUUUGACGAGCUCGCCGCGCGCUUCGAGGGCAACUUUUCCCUCUCGAACCUGAUCAAGUCGUCGAUUAGCAGCUUUAGCCAGGAGCAAGACGCCAAGGAAGUCGAGGCGUUCUUUGCGGCUCGGAACACGGCCAAGUUUAGCAUGAGCCUUGCGCAGGGCCUCGACUCAAUUCGUGCACAAGCGCGCUGGCUCGAGCGCGAUGCACAAAACGUGGCGGCGUGGCUCAAGGCGCAUGGGUACGAGCGGACAGAGUAG